AUGGAUGAGGGCGACACUAAAGGCCCGCGCCGCAAACGGGUCUCGCGUGCCUGCGAUCGCUGUCGCACCAAAAAAGAUAAAUGCGACGGUGCGCGUCCAACAUGUUCAGCCUGCCAGGCCACCGGCCAGACGUGCUCCUACGAUCCGAAUGCGAGAAAGCGUGGGUUGCCCGAGGGAUACGUGCGGGGGUUGGAGAAGUUGUGGGCGCUGUCGAUAUGCAAUAUUGAAGGGUUCGAGGACACCAUGUUGACAUUGCUGGGUGCAACGGAUCGAUCUAGGGGAAGGAGAGACCGGCUGAUGCAGCUAUGGACGGAUGAAGCUUCCUCGGAGAGUCUACAUGAAGUAUGGAAGAGCAGUCGGCUUUGGGGUGCACUGGAAAAGAUGUUGUCACCGGGAGAUUUAGACACACAGUCGCCAGUAAAGCGACCACGAGAGGAAGAAGACGACGGGUCGUAUUUGAGUGCAUCUAGUCAAUGGGGAUUCCGAGUCGGCCGUGGUCAAAAUCUUGCUACUGCAGUCGCAGGUCCUAAAGUUGUCGAUCCAUCGUCAUCUCCAGCUACAAAGAAACCCAGAUUAUUAUCAACCACAGAUAUCAAUUUACCAAUUACACCUGGAAAGCUGAAUGCUAGUCAGAAUCUACCACUUCCAGCGCACACUUCCGGGCUGGUCGAAACAUACUUCUCGCAGACUCACCCGUGGUUUCCAGUCAUUCCAAAACACAACAUGCUCCGUGCAUCCUACAUGUACGCCAACGGCGCGAAUUCGGGCAAUACCUCGACAAGUUCAGGAGAUCACGCCGCUCUAUGGGCAAUUCUAAGCUACACAACUGGGAAGGAGCAUUCUGGUUUAAACACACAUGAUGCGUUUAUACACGAUCCACUUGCUCAGUCCAGGGAGUACUAUCACAUAGCGCGGAGUUUGAUUCCAUCAGAGAAAGAGCGCUUCGACCUUGGACACGUACAGGCUUUGUUGCUACUGACUCUAGUCAACGUUGGAUUUGAAGAUUGGACAGCAGCAUGGCUGCUGAGUGGCCAAGCUGCACGUAUGGCAGAAGCAAUGGAGUUGGCUAAGCCUUUGGAUUCCCGCAGGUCGGAUGAAACACGCCAAAGGAAAGCAGUUUAUAUGGGAUGCUUUGUCAUAGACUCGAUCCUUUCGGUGCGGCUCUCCCGAUCGCCUUGUCUACGGUCAAACGAUUCGGAUGCAAAAGGAAGACUCGAUGAAGAUGGUCUCGAGGAGUGGAACUCCUGGGUCGACGUGUUGCCUUCACGUGCAGCUUUCGAGAGCAGGAAUGCGCCCCAACGCGGCCCUCUACUGGCUCUGAGCUGUUUUAAUCGAUUAUUCGAGCUUACUGGCGUUUUGAACAAGAUUGCGUGGGAUUUCCCACAAGCAACAAACGCUCAUGUGUUUAUACAGAAGAUUCUCCUUGACUUGAAGUCACUUGAUGACCGGCUUCCUGCAAAUUGCCGUUUAAUCAAUCCUGAAAGUGACGAAGCUCAGAAUCGGUCACCUUUGCUACUUCAUCAGAGUUACUUCCAUCUAACAUAUACAGCUACAUUGCUUUUCCUCUACACAAGACAACUAAGUCAAGGCCAUUAUAUACAGGGUGCCAAUCAUACUGCCGUUGAUGGAAUCGAAAAGAUUCUUUAUCGAACGUUGGACGUAUUGUCGCAUCAUGUCGAGAACUUUCAAGCGUGUGGAAUCCCGCCGCUACUUGAAUUUCCCUUGCGAUCAAUCCUUGAGUCUGUCUCGUCGGUGCGGUCGAAACUAGAGCCAUCAGGGUUUCCAGUGUCGAAAUGGAUAACAAUAUUUUCUCAGAAGCUGAAUGAAGUGUCUUCGCCGUGGCCUGUGUUUCGGACGCUCAGCGAGACAAUCGGCUCUCUUCUAUACCAUCCACCAGAGUCUUAUACCGUACCUAAAACUUCGACUGGAUUAGACACUAGCGGACAUUACGAUUCUCACGGAUCAAAGGGGAACCAUACUAUCAUGGACAACGGAAACCGUGCUCCCGUCGUCCAAUCCUCGGGAUUCAGCCCCAACGUGCCCAAACAGUUCCCCCUACAGGUGGAAAUGUAUAGAUCAACACCAGAGUCCAGUACGAAUGGCAUGCGUAUACCAUCUGGAAUGGACAGCGGCAACCAAGAACAAACAGCCGCUCAUAUUCUGGAUAAGCUGAUGGGAGGGCAUAAGCCGCCAUCAAAUGCAGAUUCCAACAUGGGCCAACUUCUCAGUCAACAACAGCAACAACAACCCCAGGCCGGCUCGACUCCCGACUCGGCCAUUCUAUCACAACACAACCUCACCUCUGGAGGCUUCAUCGGCCAGCAAGCCGGUAGAUCCUACAUGACCGACGAAGCUUCCUCGUCCCCUAACGAUCUGGACUCUAUAUUCAAAGAUCUAGCAUAUAUAGACACGACGGAUUGGGCCAACAGCCGACAAGAAGGGCUUCGAGAGUUUGGAUUCAUGGAUGACAACACAUUCCAAGCAUUUUGCCACGAUCCAGACCGACUGGUUGGAUCACGGCCUCUGGUCCUGCCGACUGCCAUGUCGAUUGCAGAUAUUUGGCCGCCGCCAGGAUUCUUUCCAGAGACUUUUCAGGUUGGUCAGAAGAAUGAUCGGAGUUAG